AUGCGACUCACCAGAGCCGCCGUCGCAGCAACCUCGCUCGGUGCGGCCGCCGCACUCCCUCGCGUCCUGUGCUGCCACGGCGGCGGGACGAACGAGGCGAUCAUGCGCGUGCAGACCGCCAAGCUGAGGCGCACGCUAAAGUCGGAGGCCGAGUUUGUCUUUUGCCAAACGCCCAAUGUGUUCCUCGGGCGGGCUGGCGGCGUGGCGCUGCGAGUCGCGCUCGAGCGCGCCUGGGGCAGCGGCGUGCUCCAGCCCGGCGGCGGCCGUAUGGGCUCGCUUCGCACCUCGCCUCGCGUCGCGUAA